GUUCCUAGUCUCUGCUGCAGCGGCCAUGCUGCUGUCCGCCGCCGCCUGCCCUCUUCUCUGUAUCCCGCAGGUGCAGCUCACCGCCGCCGGUGCUGCGUGUCUGUAGCCCGCAUCGGUUCGGACCGGCUCGACUUCUCCGCAUCGACCCGGAUAUUUAGCCCGAUUCACGGGAUAACCGGGAAGGGUGGGAAGAGGAGAGAGCCUCCAUAGCAACAAACCGGUCUAGCGGCGGUACUCGAGCUGGAGGGAUGCUGAAGACCCCCCAUCGCUGACAGAGACCAACAGCUGACAUCAUCCGUGGGAUCAGGACUCCUUGAAUCAUGUCCAGAACAUCCAACUCAAGUGGAACCUUCAAAUCAGCGGGUGACGCUACAUGAGGGUCACCAAGACUACGGCACACCUACAGCUUAUCGGGACUGACCUGCUUUUGUGGUACACACUCCCCGCCAACAGACCUGUCAAUAGAUCAAUGUAGAUCACUUACAACCUGGUAACAGGUAAAUCAUUUUCUGGUUGGUCCAACUUUCCUCAUCUAUGAGAAAACAUACGGCACCCUAAAUCAGAUCUGGACCAGACAACCAAAACCAGACUCUGCUUUUGAAACAUGAACCCUGCGCCAUAAGAACCAUUUUGAAAGUACCUGACCAGUCCUUGAUCAUGUCUCUAAGUAAGACACUUGAGUUGGAGCAUUUCGACGAGCGUGACAAGGUUCGUCGGGGACGCUCCACCCGCCCCAAAAGAGAUGAUUCCACCACCAGGGGAGGAGGAUCCGGGCCUAGUUCCAGGGGCAGCAGCCUGGUUCCGAGUCCUGCUCACAGCGCCAACUGUAGCUACUACCGCACCCGCACGCUCCAGGCGCUCACGUCGGAGAGACGCGCCAAAAAGGUGCGAUUUUAUCGCAAUGGGGACCGGUACUUCAAAGGCCUGGUGUACGCCGUUUCCAGUGACCGGUUCCGGUCAUACGACGCGCUGUUGAUGGAGCUGACCCGUUCACUGGCAGAUAACCUGCACCUACCACAAGGAGUCCGAUCGAUCUACACAAUAGAUGGAAGCAAGAAGAUCACCAGCAUGGACGAGCUGGUGGAAGGUGAGUGCUACGUCUGCGCCUCCAACCAGCCUUUCCGGAAGGUGGAUUACACCAAAAUCUCCGUGCCCAGUUGGAAGCCCGGCGCCAGCGCGGGUUCCGGCUCGUCCAGUUCCAGCCGGACCACGACGGCGUCCACCGGGGUGUCGACGAGCACCGCCAGCACCGCCUCCAAGGAGCGCUCGGACAGUCGGGAGAGUCGGGAGAGCAAGGACUUCAUCAAACCCAAGCUGGUGACGGUGAUCCGCAGCGGCGUGAAGCCUCGCAAAGCCGUGAGGGUUCUGCUGAACAAGAAAACGGCGCACUCCUUCGACCAAGUGCUGGCCGAUAUCACCGAGGCAAUCAAGCUGGACUCUGGGGCGGUGAAGAGGCUCUACACCCUGGAUGGGAAACAGCUGACCUGUCUGCAGGAUUUCUUCGGAGACGACGACGUCUUCAUGGCGUGCGGUCCGGAAAAGUUCCGUUACGCGCAGGACGACUUCAUCCUCACGCACAGCAGCAAGACGUCUGCGUUCGUCAGCGAGUGCAAGUCCAAGGUGUCUCGCCCGCCCGUCCCUCAGAAAGCCACCAAAUCCCCAAGCGGCUCCGGGUUCUCCGCCUCUAGGACCCCCAAAGGCCCCACCAGAACUAAAUCUCCUGGUCCAGCCAAUGAAACGUCACAAGCGUCUGGGAAGUCCAUGAGGUCCACCCCGUCCCCCACAAGCCCCGGCUCACGCCGCAACCUGAAGAUGUCUCCUCGCCGAGCCUCCUCCACGGACGUGAACGGAGAGGCGGAGCAGCCGGAUGACGAUGAUGAGGAGGAAGUUGAAGUCAACGGAAAUCGAUCCGUUUCUUCGUCCAUCAUCAACGAGAAAUACAAAGUGGGGAAAGUGAUCGGCGACGGGAACUUUGCGGUGGUGAAGGAGUGUGUGGAGAGGGCGACGGGGCAGGAGUUUGCCCUGAAGAUCAUCGAUAAAGCUCGCUGCAGUGGGAAGGAACACCUGAUCGAGAACGAGGUGGCGGUCCUGAGGAGGGUCCGACACCCCAGCAUCAUCCAGUUGAUCGAGGUGGAUGAAACGCCCUCGCAGCUCUUCCUGGUCAUGGAGCUGGUCAAGGGUGGAGACCUGUUUGACGCCAUCACCUCCUCCACAAAGUACAGCGAGCGGGACGCCAGCGCCAUGGUGUACAACCUGGCCGGAGCCGUCAAGUACCUGCACCGGAUGAACAUCGUGCACCGAGACAUCAAACCAGAGAACCUGCUGGUGUGCGAGUAUCCUGACGGCACAAAGUCCCUGAAGCUCGGCGACUUUGGCUUGGCGACUGUGGUGGAAGGACCGCUGUUCACGGUGUGCGGAACGCCGACGUACGUCGCGCCGGAGAUCAUCGCCGAGACCGGGUAUGGACUGAAGGUGGACAUUUGGGCAGCGGGAGUGAUCGCCUACAUCCUCCUGUGUGGAUUUCCUCCUUUCAGAAGUGAGAAUAACGUCCAGGAGGAGCUUUUUGAUCAGAUCCUCAGGGGGAAGCUGGAGUUCCCGUCUCCAGACUGGGACACCAUCAGCCUCCCGGCAAAGAUGCUGAUCAGCCAGAUGCUGCAGGUUAACGUUGAUGCUCGUUUCACGGCGGAGGAGGUCCUUUCCCACCCGUGGGUGACGGAUGAGGCUCCGCCUGAACCCAACACUGUGAGCAGCACUGAAGACCAGACCAGUGAAGAGAAACCAGAUGCAGAACUUGAGUCUCCAAUCCUGGAAACUAAACAAGUUCCCUCACCUCUAGUCUGAAGUUCUCCUAGUUUGUUCUGAAUACAUUCCUUCUGUUUCCUGCCAUCCAUCCGUCUGUCCGUCCGUCCAACCCGUCACAACUGGAAAUCCUUAAAGCCUUGGCCGGUCCAGAUGCCUAAGAGACAAGUUCAUGGGAACCAACGAGUUAAACUUUAUCCAUUUUCUGAACUCACUGAAUCCCUUUCAGGGUCAGAAGCUGCUGGAGCCUAUCCCUAUACUGUUGAGCUAAGGCAAGGUUGACCCUGGACAGGUUGCCAGUAAAGAAGCCGAGUCUUUAUCCAAGAGACCCUAAACUCAAGUCUAGUCAGUCAUUUAGAUUGGAAACCAAACUUCAACCUUCAGAGAAAUCUAGCAAACGGUCUUCAGCUAGAACCCAAAUGGAACAAAAAAGUACGUUUUUGUGUAGAACCCAUCUUCUAACUUCAAACAUAUGUGUUUGAUCAAAGCUGAAGUCCGUUUCCUCAGCUCCAGUUCAGACUGGAGUUUCGUUCACUCUUGAAACAUUAGACUUAAGUCUCUUAAUAGUUAAUAUUGUACUUUUGGUCAAUACUUUGAUAACUUGCUCUUCUCACUGAAUAAUGGACACUUGAUCUUACUCAAAACCAUACGAAAUUAUAUUUAUUUUUCCUCUGGAAAUUCACUUUUUUCUAAAACUGGAGUCCAAACAAGACUCCCUUUAACAAAGUCCAGUCAAGACAAUCCUAUGAACUGGGGUGAUAGUUUUUGGAUUCUUCAAUGCCGUCUGGAAAAGGGUCCAGUUAGUAAACUCAUGUUGGCAAAGUCCCUGAAAAAAGCUUUACGGACAAAGCAAAGCAUUUACUUAAAUACAGUCCAGAGCACCCAAACAGAUUCUGGGCUAAAACAAAUUCUGGCUCACAUCCUGAAAACUGAACAAGUUCCACCAAGUUUCACUGAGCUUAUCAAGACUGUUAUCUACACGAAGUCCAGACCUUACAGAGGACCUCAUUAAUCUCCAUUUCCUUGGACUGAUAACUGGCUAACGGUCUUAGUAUUUUCCGUCAAUGUCUUUCCUGGAAACACUUUCCAGUAAACCUCCCGCCGGGUUUUAUGAGACCCGUCUCUGCUGAGCCCUGAAACACUUGGACUCCAGCUGAACGACACACAUAUCAUUUUGACAAAGGGUCACUGAGAAACUGUUACCAGAUGUCUUGUUUCAUCGUCCGUUGGUUCUGUCGGACCUGACAGGAAGCUUGUGCAAUAGGCCUCAAACCUUUUUGGACCCUAGUUCUUCUGGGUGUUCAGGAUGUCUUCCAGUUCUAAUGAGUAUCGGUUGGGUUACCGACCACCGAGACGACCAAGAACUGUUCCUGCUUACGGGGCGGAGCCUUUCGCUGUCCGGAGUCCUGAAAAGGUUCUUUGGUUGGUUCCAACUGUAGAUCCUGCCUACAUAAAAAAGAGUCAAGGUUUGAGAUAAGACAAGAACAAUUCAAAGAAAAGAAAAGAAUAACAAGAAAAGCAGAAAAACCGAAGAACAUGACCUGCUUUCCAGACUUGUACCUCUUGGUUACCAUAGCGACAGUCCAAUUUCAUGCUAAAGACAUGUUCCUGUCCAACCUUGAAGCUGCCACUUUCCCUGAGUUUACAAAGCGGCGUGUUGUGAAUAGUGUAAAUACAUCUGUGUGCGUCUGUGCCAGUCUAUGUGAAAUAUAGGAAAACAAUAGCAACUUGGAAAAAAAGGGUAGUUUUACAACAAAAGAGACAAAUCUCACACUAAAACCCUAAAAUAGAAAUUAGUAUUAACACUUUGAUCUUUACUUUGCUAAUCUUGAGGACUUCUCACCUGAACGUCCUGAUAAAUCUGGAUGUUCAUGCAUUAAAAAAAAAAAAAAUUUCUAACCGUAUAAAUGAUAAUUCUGCCGUGUCCAUCUGCCAUUCCUCAUUUUUUGAGUUUCUGAGGGUAAAAAUGAAGGAAGAAACAUUUUUUAACUUGUGAAAAUAUCGUCUGACUUGUGUGUCUGCAUCAUUAGGGGAGGGUCGGACUCCUGCAAAGCCUGAACAGAAACAAACCUGAUGCAGUCACAUACUCUCCAUGGCCUUGACCUUUGACCCGAGCUGAUGAGGAAGAGUUCGGCUGCUGUUCCGAUCAGCAGGUUUGGAGACUUCCCCCUCAAGGAAGUCUGAUAAAAAAUCUUAGCGAUAAGCCAGGUUCAAAGAUCACUUUUUUCAGUUUCGGGUUCCAGAGAAAAUAGGUGACUGAAUCCAAAUGUCCGAGUCAGGCAGGCCAUAUAAGUGCAGCAUUAUGGGACAUUUAAGGAUCAUGAAAGCAGCUUUUGAUGAAUUUGAUGAAAGCCACCAAAGUCCUGUUAGCACAACAGUGUCACGUCUUUAUGUCUGCGGUAAACUUCACGAGGAAGACCGCAGAAGGGCUAAACAAGCCUGUUGUGUAGUUUGGUGUGUCGUUGUUCAACAACAGAAACGUCUUUUUAUCAUCAAAACUCAGAACUGGGAACCAAACCCAAGUUCAUCCAGACUAUGUCAUUAGGACUGAGAAUGCACUUUAAAUGUUUAGGGAUUUCAGAGACUGAACCCCCAGAUUUCCAAACUGAAGUUCCGACUGGAAACACCAGCCUGCAGUUUCACCGACUUCAUCCCAUCUGUAGAACCAGAAUCCAGUCAGAGCGCUCACAGAAAGAGGACAGUUUUAGGCCUUUGUAAGAUUUUGAAAUUCAGAAACUGUUCUCCUCCACUUUGAUUCAAACAAGAUAGCCGUAGAUGACGCUAAAGCUGACCUGCUGUCCACCUUUCACAGAGAAGAAUUAAUACUUGUUGUGACUUCUUGGUCAAGGAACACGGUCUGUGUGGCAGGAGCACCCGUUUUCCGUGGCGCCAUUCUCUAGCGGUAGCGUGUUUUGGGUGGCGCAGCAAAAAUUGAUGUACGGUGCAGUUUUAGUCAUGUGUUGGGAUGGUUCCAGGAUUUAAACGCCUGAACUUUGAGAAGAAUUUGCAUCACGCCAAUCAAUCUGUAACUCAGCUUUGGCGUGUUGAUGUGAUCAGCAGGUGAAUUUCAAAACCAACAUGGAGGAUUGGCUUCCUCUUGAGCUUUACAUUUUUCUUAUUUGCAUCGAGACAAUGAUAAAACAGCGUUCCAAAUUUAUUCUGUUUUCCUUCGUCUGACCAAUGUGGGACAGGAAGCUGCCAAAUUUAGGAUGGCACUGAAAUUAUCAGUAGAUGGUGAAGUUCAGUGAAUUUCGGACACAAAUUGGGCGUGUGAAUUGCAUUCGGUGUGAAUGUAGCAUCACCGAUGUGCACAAGGCAGCUGCACCUGGUGGAACCUAAAGAACAAAGUCUGAACCUCGUUUUACCGCUGAAUGCUCCGUUAAGUCGUUAAUACUUCUUGCCCUCUCUGAGCCGCAGUCCCAAACCCGAACCUGGGCAUCAACCCUACUCUUCCUCAACAGCUCGGCCUCUGACCUUCUAUGCCUGCUAUGAACCCAGUGGUCUUAAUUGUUUCUCUUUGCUUCGUACCAAACCAAGUGAAGCCUUCUUGUUUUUACUUCGUUUCCGCCGCCAGCCGAGUCCACAAGCGUCUGAGGUCUGUUCAGGUCACAGAAUGUAGAACCAGUCCGUCGGUUGGUCGCUCUUGACUAGAAUUUUCCCUCCAUGCAUCGAAUUUCACUUUAUUUUAGGAAGAAAAAGUCAAACGCGCUGCAGUAGCCUUCUUUGAAAAACUAAACUGCAGUUUUACAAAGCACUGUGCAAAUUCAUUUAGUAACAUGUGAAAACAAGACAAGUCAGUGAAGGAGUUGAGGUUUUGUAGCAACGCAAACGUUUCUAACAGGGUGUUGUGUUCUGAAGUGAGAGCUUGAUAUUCGUCCUAAUCAAACCGGUUCCUUUGUGUUUUGCACUUGACCAGCAUGCUGCAGAUUUGUCACUUUAUUGUUUUUUUUUAUUCGUUUGUUUACUUUUGCUGCAUGUCUGACUAAAAUGUGAAUUCACUGAAAAGCUACAUUUUAGGAUUGGAACUGAGAGUGUUAUUGCCAUGUUGUACCUGAAUGGACUGUGCUGUGCAUAGUUCCAAAGCUUUGUGUUUGUUUGUUUUGGGUGUGUGUGAACAUUUUACUUCAGGCCUCUCAUGGUACACAAAAUUCCUGUAAAGUUUGCUUUUAAUUCCUUAAAAAAAAUCCUCAACUUUAUCAUAAAAAGGUUCAAACCAAGUCAUGAUGCGCUGAACAUUAAAUCUUUACAUGUCAUUACUUGAAGACAUUCUUCUGUUAGGACUCGCCCUGCUUUGAACUGGAAAACCUGAAACCACCAGUUCUUUUAUUUUGAAGGACCUGUUAUGGAUGUGUUUUAGUGGAAACAAUGAUCUGUAAUGUGACUGAUGUUCAAAGGAAACGAUUAAGUCUGGUUUGUUUUUUGUGAGUACGGAUGAAAAUAAAAGGAGCGCAGUGACCAUCACCA